CGUAGGGCGCUGUGAAGAGAACCCGCCGCGGCGUUAGCGCGUCUCCGUCUCCGCUUUCCCGGGCGUCCUCCUGGAAGCCGGUGGUUCCGCGGCCUCGGCUCCCUGCAGGCCCCUCCCGCGACCAUGGUGGGAGUGAAGGUGGUCGGGGCCGACCCGGAUUUCCAGCCGGAGCUGAGCGGCGCGGGCUCCAGACUCGCCGUGGUCAAGUUCACCAUGAGAGGUUGUGGACCAUGUUUACGGAUAGCACCAGCUUUCAAUGCUUUAAGCAAUAAGUAUCCACAGGCAGUUUUUUUGGAAGUGGAUGUACAUCAGUGCCAGGGAACAGCUGCCACCAACAAUAUAUCAGCAACACCCACAUUUCUCUUUUUUCGAAACAAAGUGCGAAUCGACCAGUAUCAAGGAGCAGAUGCUGUGGGAUUAGAAGAAAAAAUUAAGCAACACUUAGAAAACGACCCUGGAAACAAUGAAGACACGGAUAUCCCCAAAGGCUAUAUGGAUUUAAUGCCCUUUAUUAACAAAGCUGGAUGUGAAUGUCUUAAUGAAAGCGAUGAGCAUGGAUUUGAUAAUUGUUUACGCAAAGACCCUUCCUUCUUGGAAUCUGACUGUGAUGAACAGCUGCUUAUUACUGUGGCUUUCAAUCAGCCUGUUAAGCUUUAUUCCAUGAAAUUUCAAGGACCAGAUAAUGGUCAGGGUCCUAAGUAUAUAAAAAUCUUUAUCAAUCUACCCCGAUCUAUGGAUUUUGAAGAGGCAGAAAGAAGUGAACCAACUCAAGCCCUGGAACUAACACAAGAUGAUAUUAAAGAAGAUGGUAUUGUCCAACUUCGUUAUGUUAAAUUCCAAAAUGUUAACAGUGUAACUUUAUUUGUUCAGUCCAAUCAAGGUGAAGAAGAAACAACAAGAGUUUCAUAUUUUACAUUUAUUGGUACUCCAGUUCAAGCAACAAAUAUGAAUGACUUCAAACGAGUAGUUGGUAAGAAAGGAGAAAGCCAUUAAGAUGCAGAAGACACUGGAAAACCCUUAUUGCAAUCAAAAUGGAUCUUCACUUUAUCUACGGCUCCUGGAUAAUUGCUUGACCCUAGCCAGAGACUGUCAAUGUUUCCUUUAAUGCCAUUACCAAUAAAUCAUUGCUUUUGUUCAGAUGGUUUCACUAGUGUUUCUAUUGUAAUCUUGAUACAUGUAUUUGUAAAUAAAAGUCAUUACUUUUGCCAAA